UUCAACAACAGCAGUAGUGGCAGAAGCUGCAGAGUGCAAGCAGUUCCCUGGUGACUCUGAAGCGCAAAUGUCAGAUUCCAGAAGCAAAAAGGGUGGUUUGAUCACCUUAUUCUUCAUUGCAGGGACCCUGUCAGGGGUGAUGCUGUCUGGUUUCGGAUGGUUAGCAAACCUGAUUGUCUACCUGGUUGAGGAAUUCAAUGUGGAUAGCAUUGAUGCUACUCAGAUUUCCAACGUGGUUCAUGGUAGUAUAAACCUGAUUCCAAUCCUUGGAGCUGUCAUUGCUGACUCCUCCUUGGGAACCUUUUCUGUUGUUGCAAUUUCUAGCUUUAUCUCUUCCCUGGGGAUGAUUCUGCUAACCUUAACAGCAAAAGUCGGCUCUUUGAAGCCCCCGCCUUGUGAAACUGGAUCAAGCUUGUGCCAAACUCCAUCGAAACUACAAUUGACAAUCCUAUAUGUGAGUAUGGCUAUGGCAUCUGCAGGUUUGGGAGGGAGCCGAUAUACUCUAGCAACAAUGGGAGCAAACCAACUUGAUAAGCCGAAAGAUAAAGAAUCUUUCUUCAAUUGGUUCUUUUUCACUAUAUUUGCAUCUUGCAUAAUAAGUUCCACAGCUCUUGUCUAUGUUGAGGAAAGCAUUAGCUGGGGGCUCGGAUAUGGCAUAUGUUCCGCUGCUAACUUCAUUGCUUUAGCUGUUUUCUUGGCCGGAUACCGAUUCUAUCGGUAUGACAAGCCACAAGGGAGCCCAUUUACGGGUCUGCUUCGUGUUGCUGUUGCUGCUGUGUGGAAAAGGAAGGUCGAGCUAUCAGCCAGAAGUGAUGAUUAUUACCAUGAACAUGAUGGAACGAACAAGGUCAUGCCUGCAACACCAAAACAGAGUUUCGGGUUCUUGAACCGGGCAGCACUGAAAACUGAAGGAGACAUCCAUUCGGAUGGAUCAAUUGCAAGACCAUGGAAGCUAUGCAGUUUACAACAAGUAGAAGAUCUCAAAACUCUGAUAAAACUUUUCCCAAUAUGGUCAAGUGGUAUAUUUCUCACCACCCCUAUAGCAAUCCAAUCCAGCAUAACAGUUAUCCAGGCUCUAUCAAUGGACCGUCACCUUGGGUCCAACUUCAAAAUCCCUGCUGCAUCUAUUAUAGUCGUGAUCCUAGUAUCCUCAUCUAUCUUCGUGGCCCUAAUUGAUCGUUUCCUAUUGCCCACCUGGCAGAGGCUGAUUGGCCGGCCUCUGACGCUGCUGCAACGAAUAGGAGUAGGCCACGUUGUCAAUGUGCUAAGCAUGGGAAUUUCAGCCCUGGUGGAGUCAAAACGGUUGAAAACAGCCCAUGCUCUCCACCUUGAGGCACAGCAUGGUGCCAUAGUGCCUAUGCUGGUCUGGUGGCUAUUUCCACAGCUUGUUGUGGUUGGCAUUGGGGAUGCAUUCCAUUUCCCAGGACAUGUUGCAUUGUACUACCAAGAAUUCCCUGCCUCACUGCGAAGCACAGCUACUGCCAUGGUUUCUUUGGUCGUCGGGAUUGCUUUCUAUGUCAGCACAGCUCUGGUCGAUCUAAUCCGGAAUGUUACAGGAUGGUUGCCAGAAAGCAUAAACAGUGGAAGGCUAGAUAACCUGUAUUGGAUCUUAGUUACGGCAGGGUCCCUGAAUUUUACUUAUUUUUUAGUAUGCGCUAAGUUGUACAAGUACCGAAACAUUGAAAAGGAAGUCGAUGAUGCUUCCAGCUUUGAUAUAUGAUAUUCCUGAAGAAACUAGAGCUGGAAGGCUUCAUAUCCUAUCCCCCAAGCCAAACUUGUUGCGAAUUUAAGAUUUUCAAUUCAAAAAUCUCAUGAUCAAACCAUGGUUAUAUUGGAAGGUGGAGUUGAAGUUUCUAUGUACCAAAAAAGGCUAUUGUCACUUCCAUGUUCCUUGCAAGUAUUUCUCAUCUAAGCCAAUUACCCUUCAGUUUAGUGAUGUUACAUCUUCCAAAAGCAAAGAAGGAAGAUGCCAGAAUUUCUUUCAAUGACAAGUACAAGAAUGGUUAUGAG